AUGAAACCUGAAAAAGUUUCCCAGUCUCCUGUCGUAAAGUUUGGAGAGCCCCAGAGAGAAGUGAGGGAAAUAUUCAAAGCAUUCACAGAAAAUGCUACUGUCCAUGGUUUGAAGUAUACUACCCCAGAGUCCGGGCGGGGGAUCGCGCGAAGGAUUGUAUGGACUCUCGCCUUUCUGGCUACAGUCGGCUGUCUUAUCUACACGGUUUCAAUCCAAGUCGUUGAACUCAGAAAUCGACCCACUUUAACUCAGGUAUCUGUGGAGUUUAAAGAGCAGAUGUUAUUUCCGGCCGUGACCCUCUGUAGCCUGAACAAGGCCAGAAAAUCUGCAUUACCAGAGGGCAUCGAAGACGCUAUAAAAAUGGUUUUGUUGAGGAAAUCUUCAUUGGCUUACACACUGAACCAAACGGAAUUUAUGUCCAAUUUUGAGAUAAUGGAGGAGGAUUUCGAAUACGUCGCUCAUGGAAUCUUUCCGACCCUUCAAUCGUGCUCCUGGGACAACAUACAGCAGAACUGCACCGACCUGUUCUUGACCGUGAAGACUGAUAUGGGAUACUGCUUCUCUUUCAAUCAUCGAAGCUCUAAUGCUGAUCCCAGGAUAUCCAAACGGACUGGGAAUAAGUACGGGCUGACUGUGAUUGCGAAUAUACAGCAGGAUGAAUACCUUGUCGACUCGAACACCGAAUCUGCAGGUCUCAGGGUCUUGUUGCACGGGUACAACGAGACACCUUUGGUUGAGAGUCGAGGUUUCGAUGUGGCUCCUGGCAAGGCGACGAAAGUCUCUCUGGAUAUGAUGACGGUGAAGAAUUUGCCACCACCUUACACAACACUGGAUGGCUCCACGUGUAUGGAGAUGUCCAACGGGGAAUCUCCCAAAACCUUGGCACUGUUCGAAGAAUACGAUCUCAACGCCUGUCGCUUUGAAUGUCGACACGAUUAUAUCUUUAGUGAAUGCCAGUGUCGAACCAGCUACGACCCUGACAAGUUCAUGGCCGAAAACGGCUACAAGAAUUGCAGCUGCCUGCCCCCGUGUGAAUGGAGUAUGUACACACCACGUGUGUCCAUGGGUGACUACCCGUCACUGGCUCUCAUGGAUAUGAUAGACAAUGAGGAGUCGGAAAGCAAUUUUACGCAAACACAGUACAGACAAAACUUUUUGAAACUUACCAUUACCUUCGACCAGUUUUUGUUGGAAACGGUGAAGCAAGUGCCUAAGUUCUCAUCAGAGUCCAUUGUCAGCACUUUGGGUGGACAAAUGGGCAUGUUCCUGGGAGCCAGCUUACUGAGUGCGGUCGAGUUCUUGGACUUUCUUCUUCAACUAGUCCUAACUAAGAUUCGUAAACGAAGUACAACGUCACCAGAGAAGUGA